GAUUUUUUCACUGUUAGUGUUAGAUUGUCAGUUUUUUGUCCUUUAUUUUCAUGAUAAACUGUGAUUUUCACUUUUUUUUGUUAAUAGUUGUUAACUUAAAGAAUAUAUUUUCUAUGUGUGUUUAGUUUUCUACUUUUUUUCUCUACCAUCAACAUUAUCAUCACCAUCGAUAUCAUCUUACUUUGCUGUUUCUUGGUGCUUUUUUUCUUUACGUUUUUUUCUCUCGGUGAAAUUAUAUUGCCUUUCUUUUUCCUGUCAUUUUUGGCUCUCUACAUUUUAAUGUCAGUGUCUCGAACAAUUCCUAAACUAAGAUCACUCGGUUAUGAUGAGUAUUCGAAGAGUUUACAGAGUUCUUUUGACGUGGCAGAGCUUGUUUACACCGAGGGAAGUAGCACCGAGCUCAGCAGCGAUGAAGGUGACCAUGAAUCUCAGUCGUUCAAUCACUGGCGGAUAGUGAGGAAUGCACUACGCUGGUCACCAUUCGUACAAACAUACAAAAAACGUAAAUAUCCUUGGGUCCAAUUAGCUGGUCAUCAAGGUAAUUUUAAAUCAGGAACCGUUGGAACCAUAUUAAAGAAAAGCUGUGGUGAAGAAGAGAAAUGUUUCCAAAAGUUAAUAAAUGAUCCUCUAAGUGAAUUCGUGCCCAAAUUUCGAGGCAAAUCAAUUACAAAUGGAGAAGAAUUUUUAGAAUUAGAAGAUUUACUCGCCAAGUUUGAUUGUCCUAGUGUAAUGGAUAUGAAAAUUGGACUGCGAACCUAUCUGGAAGAUGAACUAAUCAAAGCUCGAGAGAAACCUAAAUUAAGAAAAGAUAUGUUUGAAAAGAUGAUUGCUGUUGAUCCUGCUGAACCAAAUGAAGAGGAGAGACGAUUAAAAGCUGUAACUAAACCGCGUUACAUGGUUUGGAGGGAAACAAUUAGUUCAACAGCUACUUUAGGAUUUCGCAUAGAUGGAAUCAAAUUUUGUGAUGGAACCACAAGUCGAGACUUUAAAACAACAAAAAGCGAUACAGAUAUAAUCAAGGCCAUUCAAAAAUUUACUGAAAACAGGCACAGUAUCAUCGUAAAAUAUUUGGAAAGGCUGAAAAAUUUAAGGCAAACUCUUGUAAAUUCACCAUUUUUCCUAACUCAUGAGAUCAUUGGAAGUUCACUUUUGUUUGUUCAUGACUUGAAUAAAGCUGAUGUCUGGAUGAUUGAUUUUGCCAAGACUCAUCCGAUUCCCAAAAAUUUGACCAUUACUCAUUCAAAAGACUGGAUGAUUGGCAAUCAUGAAGAUGGAUAUCUCAUUGGUGUGGACAAUAUAAUCAGAAUAUUUACUGUUCUCGAUGGAUUAUCCAAGCUUUAACAUGAACACAUCUCAUUGUACAACUGCACACACAACAUAUCAUCUUACACGUAACUUUCAUCGUCACCACCGCCAUCAUCACCAUACUCAUGACCAAUAUCAUCACCAUUAACAUCGCAACCUUUCUCGUCACCAUUAGAGAGCGAUAUAAAUAUUCAUGACUAUACAACUCACAUUUAAAUUUAUUAUUUAUAGCAUAAAUAUCAUGUUCAUUUCCUUCUUUUCAUUUUAUUUUCUCGUCUUUCACUUGCCUUAUCCUGCUGAUUGUAAGCAACAAUCUGUUGCUUUCACCAGUUUAAAAAUACUAAUUAGUUUGGUUCAAGAAGACAAAACCAAACUAAAGUGUAAACCAAAAUCCAAAAGAAAUGCUUGGCUAGAUUUAAUGUGAUUUAAUAUUUUAUAAUACUGUGUAUUUCACCAAUUAUAUUUCCUUUGUAAAUCAUUCCUAACAACAUUGUAAUUUAAGCUUUUGAUUGAAAUUUCCUCAAUUUAGAUGUUAACCAAAUUGUCAUUCAAUGAGAAAGAUAUCUUACUUUUUUUACUUCUUUUCGCACAAUGAUGAUAAAAUUUUGCUUCUACUGUCUUUCAAUGUUUUCAUCGACUCACAAAUGUGUCAGAAAAAUAUCCAGUGUCAAAAUAUUUUAUCAAAGUUUCCAUAAUAAUAAUUUAAGUCGAGAUUUGCUCUUA